ACACACACAGAGUCAACUAAUGGACUGGCUUGCCCCUCCCUCCAUCUCUGACUGGGAGGCAGGGAGAGGAGGCAACAGCCCACCGGUCCCCUGGGCCCUUCCUCACUCCUACUGCUGCUGCUACCAUCACUGCUGCUGCUGCUGCUGCGGCUCAAUACCUCAGUGCCUGCCUGGGAUCAGGACCCCCCGCCUGCUGCCUGCUAAGAGAGAGGAACGACCACCAGCACUGCUGCUACCGCUGUUGUUCUUGUGUUGUUGUUGCGGGGAGGCCAGCCUCCACUGAGGACCACCUGAUCAGAGAUCAGUCCCACCUGAGGCACCCCCGUGGGGUUAUGGCUGCGCGGGCUGAGCGAGCGUUGGCCCUGGCUCCGGCGCUGGUGGCGGUGCUGCUGGUGUGCCAGGCCGCGUUGGCCCUGGGCGCAUGCCCGCCGGGCUGCCACUGCUUCUUCGCCAUGCUGCAGUGCCCGGACGGGAGGGCCGGCAUCAGCAGCAUCCCGGCCCUGGCGUCGCAGGAGAGCGAGAAUAUCACGGACAUACACAUUGAAAAAGAGCCUGAUCUGAAAAAUAUUACGAAAAUAGAUCUUGCCAACUACAGGGAGCUGAAGAAUCUGACGGUGACAUCUUGCGGGUUGGAAUACAUCUCUGCUAAUGCUUUCCAGCACAACCUCAAGCUUCAGUAUGUGAACCUGGCCUUUAAUGAGCUCAGGCAUGUCAGCUGGAAGGUCUUCCACUAUCUUCCCCUUGUGAAUCUGGUUUUGAGUUACAACCCACUGGAUUGCUCCUGUGACCAUCACUGGCUCCAGCAGUGGCAACUGGGUGGACGAGGUGACCUUGACGGUCAGCCCCCGACCUGCGUGUCCAAUGGGACUGUUAUUCCACUGGACGCCCUGGUCAUAGAGAACUGCAGUAUUCCCGAAGUCACCAUAAAAUCCACCACGACAAAAGUCCAGGAGGGAGGGAACCUGACGUUUGUGUGCGAGGUGACGGGUGUGCCUACGCCCUCUGUCAAGUGGAACACAGACCACCUCCGCUCAUCCUACACCGAGGAGAGGAGACUGUGGGGCUUCACUCAAGAGCGGGUGCUGUACCUGGUGAACGUGUCUUCAGCAGACAACCUCCACAACCUGACCUGCGGGGCGGAGAACAGGGCAGGGCCGGGCGUGGCGAUGGUGCCCCUGGACAUCGAAUUCCCAGUGAAAAUCUUGUUUCUGAGGGACCCCGAGCAGCAGCACAAUUGGUGCAUCCCAUUCGCACUGGACGGUAACCCUGCGCCAAGCAUCCGCUGGCUGUACAACGGCAGCGCCCUGACGGAGGGCCUCUACACGUACACGCAGCUCAUCCCCGACUCAGAGGACGGCUCCAUCGUGCACGGCUGCCUCUUCCUCAACAAGCCCACCCACCUCAACAAUGGCUACUACACGCUGAUCGUGAACAACACCCUGGGCACGGACAGCGAGACAGCCUUGGGGAAGUUCAUGGAUAACCCCUUUGAUCCCUUUGAUCCGGAGGGUAUCAUCCCUGUCCUAAGUGAAGACCCAACUCCCACCAACCAAUCACCAGAGGAUGUUACUGAGAACUUGGAGAGCAGGGUUUUUGGGCAGGUAUCUGUGGCGGUCGGGCUGGCUGUAUUCACCUGCACCUUCCUCCUAAUCAUGGUGCUGGUCAUUAACAAGUGCGGCCAACAUUCCAAGUUUGGCAUACACCGUUCAUCGGUUCUGGGCGCGGAGGAUGACCUUGCGGUGUCUCUGCGUUUUAUGAAUUUUGGCGCCAGCCCCCCUUCUUCAGACGAGGGAAUGCUGGAUCCUGGCCUGUCGAGCUUUGUAGAAAACCCUCAGUAUUUCUGCGGAAUUAUCAAGGACAAAGACAUGUGUGUUCAGCACAUAAAACGGCGGGACAUCGUGCUGAAAUGGGAACUGGGUGAGGGGGCUUUUGGCAAAGUCUACUUGGCAGAAUGCGCCAACCUCAGUCCUGACACUGACAAGAUGCUGGUAGCCAUCAAGACUUUGAAGGAUGCCAACGAGUCAACACGACAGGACUUCCAACGCGAGGCGGAACUUUUGACGGUGCUCCAGCACGAGCACAUAGUGCGCUUCUACGGCGUGUGCACCGACGGCGAGCCCCUGGCCAUGGUCUUUGAGUACAUGAGACACGGCGACCUCAACCGCUUCCUCAGGGCUCAUGGCCCCGACGCUCGAAUCCUGGAUGAUCAUGGAAAGAUGCCCGCACUGGGCCAACUGACCGUGCCCCAGAUGCUCCAGAUCGCGGCCCAGAUCGCCUCGGGCAUGGUCUACCUGGCAUCCUUGCACUUCGUCCACAGGGAUCUGGCCACCCGGAACUGCCUGGUGGGCGAGGGGCUGGUGGUGAAGAUCGGGGACUUUGGGAUGUCACGGGACAUUUACAGCACGGACUACUACAGGGUAAAUGUUGGUGGCCGAACCAUGCUACCCAUUCGCUGGAUGCCUCCGGAGAGCAUCAUGUACAGGAAGUUCACGACGGAGAGUGACAUCUGGAGCUUCGGCGUGGUCCUCUGGGAAAUCUUCACCUAUGGAAAACAGCCAUGGUAUCAGCUCUCCAACAGCGAGGCGAUCGAGUGCAUCACGCAGGGCCGGGAGCUGGAGAGGCCGCGCACAUGUCCGAAGGAGGUGGACCAACUGAUGCAGGGCUGCUGGCAGCGAGAGCCCCAGCAGCGGCUGGUCAUCAAGGACAUCUACAGCCGCCUGGUGGGCCUGGUCAAAAACCCCCCAGUCUACCUGGACAUCCUGGAGUAGCACCGCGCUCGAUUGUUAGGAAACGGGAUGGUGAGGGGGGGGGGGGCAGGG